AUGGGGGACGAGGAAGAGGAACUAAACGACGACGUUUCAUCGAGAGGAAACAGAUUCAGCUUGGCCGAGACGUUUCGGUGGCUAGAUUCUUCCGAGCAUCGGAAAAUUGAUUCCGAUGGUCGUAACGACCAUCGAUUCAUCAUCCAUCCCAAGAACAGGUGGUACAAGGUAUGGGAAACGUUUAUAUUGGUUUGGGCAAUAUACUCAUCUUUGUUCACUCCCAUGGAGUUUGGUUUCUUCCGCGGUCUGCCUGAGAAUCUCUUUAUACUUGACAUCGUUGGUCAAAUCGCAUUUUUGGUCGAUAUUGUUAUUCAAUUUUUUGUCGCCUUUCGUGAUGGCCAGACCUACAAGACCGACUACAAACCAACACAUAUUGCUCUCCGGUACUUGAAGUCGCAUUUUUUCUUGGAUUUUGUCAGUUGCUUUCCAUGGGAUCUGAUCUACAAGGCAUCAGGGAAACACGAGCUGGUUAGGUACAUACUGUGGAUAAGACUGUUUCGGGUGCGCAAAGUAAUUGAGUUCUUCCAAAGGCUUGAGAAAGACACAAGGAUCAACUAUCUCUUCACCAGAAUCUUGAAGCUAGUUUUCGUUGAAGUUUACUGUACUCACACUGCUGCUUGCAUCUUCUAUUACUUGGCAACCACUAUUCCUCAAGAAAACGAGGGUUACACUUGGAUCGGUAGCCUAAAGCUAGGAGACUAUAGCUACGAGAAUUUCCGAAAAAUCGAUAUUUGGAAACGUUACAUCACGUCUCUCUACUUCGCCAUUGUCACUAUGGCUACUGUCGGUUAUGGAGACAUACAUGCGGUAAAUCAGAGAGAGAUGAUAUUCGUAAUGAUAUAUGUUUCAUUCGAUAUGGUUCUUGGUGCGUACCUGAUCGGUAACAUUACUGCAUUGAUUGUGAAAGGAUCAAACACAGAGAGGUUUAGAGAUAAAAUGAAUGAACUCAUAAGUUUCAUGAACCGCAAGAAACUCGGGAGAAACAUUCGUAGCGAGAUUACGCGUCACGUGAGAUUGCAGUACGACAGUAACUACACCGAUACUGUCAUGCUUCAAGACAUCCCUGCCUCAAUACGCGCCAAGAUUGCGCAGCUGUUGUACUUGCCUUACAUUGAGAAAAUCCCUCUCUUCAAAGACUGCUCAUCGGAGUUUAUCAAUCAGAUAGUGAUAAGGGUCCAUGAAGAGUAUUUUCUUCCAGGAGAAGUAAUCACAGAGCAAGGAAAUGUCGUGGAUCAUUUGUAUUUCGUCUGUGAAGGCUCACUGGAGGCUCUUGUUACAAGAACAGAUGGAUCAGAAGAGAGUGUGACGUUUCUUGGGCCUCACACUUCUUUUGGAGAUAUCUCCAUCAUUUGCAACAUCUCUCAACCUUUCACAGUUAGGGUUUGUGAGCUAUGUCAUCUUUUACGCCUCGAUAAACAGUCGUUUUCGAACAUUCUCGAGAUUUAUUUUCAGGACGGACGCAAAAUCUUGAACAACCUUAUGGAGGGGAAGGAAUCGAAUGAGAGGAUAAAGAAACUAGAAUCUGAUGUUAUGAUUCACAUUGGGAAACAAGAGGCAGAACUUGCAUUGAAAGUAAAUAGUGCAGCUUUCCAAGGAGACAUCUACCAUCUUAAAAGCUUAAUCCACGCAGGAGCCGAUCCUAACAAAACAGAUUACGAUGGAAGAUCACCGCUUCAUCUUGCAGCAUCUAGAGGCUAUGAAGACAUUACAUUAUUUCUUAUUCAAGAAGGUGUUGAUAUCAAUCUAAAAGAUAAAUUUGGGACCACGCCAUUGUUAGAGGCUGUGAAAGCAGGGCAAGACGGAGUAAUUGGUUUGCUUGUGCAAGAAGGAGCUUCAUUUGACCUAGAAGAUUCAGGAAACUUCCUUUGCACGGCAGUUGUGAAAGGUGACUCUGACUUUCUCAAGAGAUUGCUUUCAUGCGGUAUGAACCCAAACACUGAGGAUUAUGAUCAUAGAACACCGCUUCAUGUAGCGGCUUCUGAAGGCUUAUUCUUGAUGGCUAAGAUGCUGGUUGAAGCUGGAGCUAGCUUGCUUGAAGAUGCAAAACCCCAUCAAUCAUCUAUCCACCCGUCAAGCUCUCAUGAACCACAAGAGGAUGGAAUUAAGAGACGGAAAUGCACAGUGUUCCCAUUCAACCCGCACGAGGCGAAAGAUGAGCGUAACAAGCACGGAGUUGUGAUCUGGAUCCCGAGCGAUCUCCAGAAACUCGUAGUGACCGCUGCGAAAGAGCUCGGGCUAUCGGAUGAUCUCGCCUCAUUUGUAAUAUUAUCCGAGGAAGGAGGUCGUAUCACUGACAUUGAUAUGAUCAGUGAUGGACAAAAACUGUAUUUGAUCAGUGAUACUACUGAUUAAACUCUAAGUGAUGGAACCAACUCCCAUAUCUUUUAUUCUUUAUGUCAUUUCAGUUUAUGUUGUUCUUAUAGAGCAUUUUAACACAAUGACACAAAUGAUAUAUAUUGAUUCUUUCUAUUACAAAACCUGAGAUACUAUUUACAUAUUUAUAGUUAGAGCUUAAUACAAUGUUGUUGUCUGAAGUGUUUCUGAGCUGUAAGAUUUCCUGCCGUUGCGGUAUCAACAACUUCUUUGCGUGAAUCGGAUGUUUUGGAUGGCGUAAAUAGUUGAAAGAUAACGUCCAUGACAUAGCCAAGAAGAGGAAUAAGCGAACAGCGAUUGGAUUUAACUUGAACCAUUAAUU